GUAGGAUAGUAACAAGAAUGGCUCCAUUGAUGUUAUUAUGUUUUUAAAGUGUUAGCACUAUCUUGUCUUUUGCCGUGUUGGUUUUAAAAGUCAAACGGCGGUUAGCGGGGCUUUGGCCAUGUAACGGCAGGCGGCCGGUGUUGUCUUUCUGACAGACGGAGGCGCUGGAAAUGGGGAGAGAGUUCGACCUCUGUUGUUAGUUCAAUAGCCUCGCCACUCCGUUGUUUUACUGACAUGAAAGAGUGUGUUUUGCGGGUCAUGGGGGCUCUGGGACGCUUGCUGCUGUCUCUUCUCCUGCUGUCCUGGGACGGGUGGCUGUUUCAGGUGGGAGGGGUGAGGUCCGUCACUCUCCCGGAGUCCCUGCUGUUUGUCUCGACCCUGGAUGGCAGUCUGCAUGCAGUUUCUAAACAGUCUGGAGACAUCAAGUGGACCCUCAGAGAAGACCCCAUUAUUCAAGUGCCUGUCUACCUCACCGAGCCGGGUUUUCUCCCAGACCCCAACGAUGGCAGUCUGUAUGUGCUGGGUGGCAAACACAAAGAAGGCCUGAUGAAACUGCCAUUCACCAUCCCAGAACUGGUCCAGUCAGCUCCCUGCAAGAGCUCUGAUGGCAUACUCUAUACUGGCAAAAAGCAGGAUGUGUGGUUUGUGGUGGAUCCACAGACAGGUGAGAAGCAGACUAGUCUGACCACCUCAUCCUCUGAAUCCAUGUGCCCCAACACUCCUCUGCUCUAUAUCGGACGUACAGAAUACAUGAUCACCAUGUUUGACACUAAGACUCAGGAGCUGCGGUGGAACGCUACAUACAACGACUACUCUGCUCCUCCUUAUGAUGAAAAACAAGAUUACAAGAUGGCUCACCUCGUGUCCAGUGGUGACGGUCUUGUAGUGACGGUGGACAGAGAGUCAGGUGAUGUUCUGUGGAGUCAGAACUAUGGCUCACCGGUGGUGGGGGUCUAUCUGUACUCAGGUGACUCGCUGAGACACGCCCCCCACCUGUCUCUCGCCAUGGAAACGCUGCGCUUCCUCACCUUCUCCUCAGCCAAUGACCAGGCAGACCCACACUCCACCUUGAAAUGGAGCUAUCAGUUUGUGAAGGAGCAAGCCAGUGCACAAACACAACUUGUUCCUACCCUCUAUGUUGGAAAACUGGACUCCCACCUCUAUGCCUCUACUUCCCUGGUCCACCAUGGCGUCUCAUUAGUGCCCCGGGGGCUGACUCUGGCACGGAUUGAGGGUCCAACCACAGCUGGAGUCACGGUCAGAGAGAGAGGGGAAUGUGAGAUUACACCGUCCACCGACAUUCGCUACCCACCCGGGAGCACAAACAGCCAGAAAAAUCACUGGCUGCUCAUAGGUCAUCAUGAACUGCCUCCAGUUGCCCACACCACCAUGCUGAGGGAUUUCCCGGUGAGCCUGCAGCGUUCCGGGGAAGCUGUUAUCCCUCCUCGGACCCCUGCCGCCCCAGUCUCUCCGGUCUCCCCCGCCUCCCACUACCACCAUAACUAUUUCCAGAAUGUCGCUGGCCGCCAUGGUGACACUAAAGCCAACACUGGGGGCGUGGAUGGACGCACGCCAGGAAAGGCUCAGAGGCCGUCCGCUGUGCUGCCUGUCUCCUUGUCUCAGGAUCCGCUGACUCUGGCUGUUGUGACCCUGCUGCUGGGAGGAUGGCUGGCCUUCGCCCUCACAUAUCCCUCUCGUGCAGCCCAGCAGCUGAAAGCCCAGAGGCAGCUGGAGGAAGCUUUUGAAUCCCGUCUGCAGCGCAUACAGAGCAACACACAGACAGCGACCUCAGCUUCUUCAGACACAGCCCUUUCCACUGACACAAAUGUCUCUUCUGAAUCCCAGCCUGCAUCUGCUGACCCUCCACCCAGUCCUCACCACAGUCACUCCUCAGGCACAGACAAAAAUAACAUCAGUGGGCACAAACCAGCAGCAGAAGGGAGCAGUGAGGAGGUACAAGUGGGUAAAAUCUCCUUCACCGCAUCUGACGUUCUGGGACAUGGCACAGCGGGAACAUUUGUCUUCAGGGGUCGAUUCGACGAUCGCCAUGUAGCAGUGAAGCGAAUCCUCCCAGAGUGUUUUGAGGUGGCUGAGCGUGAGGUGCAGCUGCUCCGAGAGUCUGACACACACCCAAACGUCAUCCGGUACUUCUGCACAGAGAGGGACCGCCUCUUCACAUACAUCGCCAUAGAGCUGUGUGCUGCGACACUGCAACAGUAUGUAGAGGAUCCAUCCAGCUUCCCUGAGCUGAGUGCUGUGUCUCUGCUGGAGCAGACCAUGUGUGGCCUCUCCCACCUCCACUCCCUCAACAUCGUCCAUCGUGACCUGAAGCCCAGAAACAUCCUCCUCUCUGCUCCUGGUGCACUGGGGCGGGUCCGGGCCGUCAUCUCUGACUUUGGGCUCUGUAAGAAGAUCCCAGAUGGUCGGAGCAGCUUUUCUUUGCGCUCUGGAAUUCCGGGAACCGAAGGGUGGAUUGCUCCCGAAGUGCUGCGGGACACACCUGGGAACAACCCGACAGCAGCAGUGGAUGUGUUCUCUGCAGGCUGUGUGUUCUACUAUGUGGUCAGCAGGGGGCAGCACCCCUUUGGUGAUACACUGAGACGACAGGUCAACAUCCUUGCCGGGGAAUAUACACUCCCACAUUUCAUGGAGGAUGUGCACGAUGAUGUCAUAGCACGGGAUUUGAUCGAGCGAAUGAUCAGUGCUGAGCCGGCGUCGCGUCCCUCCACUUCCUGUGUGCUCAAACAUCCUUUCUUCUGGAGUCCCGAGAAACAGCUGCUGUUUUUCCAGGAUGUGAGUGAUCGCAUAGAGAAGGAACCAGCGGACAGUCCAAUUGUGGUCAGACUGGAGACUGCGGGAAGAGCGGUGGUUCGAACCAACUGGAGGAUGCACAUCUCUGUGCCUUUGCAGACAGAUUUGAGGAGGUUCAGGACAUAUAAAGGAAACUCAGUGCGAGACCUGCUGAGGGCCAUGAGAAAUAAGAAGCAUCACUACCACGAGCUGCCGGCAGAAGUGCAGGAGACUCUCGGUGAGGUGCCCGAAGGCUUCGUCAGCUACUUCACUUCUCGGUUUCCGCGGCUGCUGCUGCACACUCACGCUGCUCUGCACAUCUGCGCCCAUGAAAGACUGUUUCACCCCUAUUAUCUGCCCCCCAGUGACAAGUAGCAACCACAUGACUGCACUCCAGACUCUAUACACACAUACACACACAUACACACACACUUACACAAUUCUCUUUUGUGCCAGCAAAGAUAACCUUGACAGUGCCCUGUUGUUGCUUUUGCACCCCCCUCCCACCCCCUACCCACCCUCUUUUUUUUUUAAGAUACUCAGUGGAUGCAAAAACUAGGACAUCAGGUGUUCUCAAAGUUGUGUAGCUCUCACUUUUUUAGGAAACCCUGAAGGCUACAGAUCUCAGAGGAGAUAGUUGUCUAUGGAGUGUUUUUUUGUUUCUCUAUCAUGCAAGCAAACAGAAUUGGUUUGCAAUCAAAAAAUAGAUUUGCUUGUAAAACUGUUGACACAUAAAAAUGUUUUAUUGCAAGUCAAAUAAAUUGGAUUAAAAUGCGAAUCAAAAACUUUAAUUUGCCAAUCCAAAAGUUUUUUUGAGAAGUUUUGUUUGCUGUUGAGCUGAGGUUUGUGGGCGGGACCUACACUGAAAGAUGUAAGUCUUGAUCAGAGUGACAACUUGGCAACAAAAGUUUUUGAUUCACGUUUUAACCACAAAUUCAGUUGCAAUAAAACAUUUUUUUGAUUGCACUGUCAAUAGUUUUGCCCCCAAAUUUGUGUUUUCAAUGCAAACAUAAUCUGUUUGAUAGCAUAAUUUAAAAAAAAAAAAAAACACUCUAUAAUCCACUUAAAGUCCCCAUGGAAAGACCUCACAUGGCUUCAACUUCCUGUAAAACAGAGGAUCUUAAACAGUGACAUCAUCCUGCACUAGUGAGUGGAAAUUAAAAUUUCAACCAAUGAAACCUUCACAAAUCUUUAAACAGCCUCUCUCAUUCACCUGUCCCUUCAAACAAAAUUGUGUUUCUCUCCCAAACUGAUAUCCUGUUGGUUUGCACUUGUGAAUGAUCCUUCCCUGCACUGUGUCCCACCCAAACUUCAUGUUUCAACAGGAACUACAUCAAAUUAAAAAAGUAAGAGUCUGUUUCGUGGGGUCUUUAACCAAGUUGGUUAAACAGUUUCCCUUCCUGUUCAGCGCUCCGACUCCAACUCAACAAUAUUAACUUGCCGUUUGAUUUUAUGUAUCUGAUGCAGUGUUUUAUCCGAUCUGUAUCCCUGUGUGAGUGUGUGUGUGUAUGUGUGUGUGUGUGUGUGUUUAACAUAUCUGUAGCUUUGAGGGGAUUGAUCAUCACUGACAUUCACAGUUUUAAGAAAAUGUGUUCGUUUUAGAAUGUGGGCAAUAAUGGAAGCACUGUGAGAGUCCGACUUGUCGUCAGGGUGUGCUGGCAGCAAUGCAGAAAUGGCAACUGUGUUACCUGUGUCAGAAGUAAUUUAUAGAUUAUGUCUACUGUAGAUAUUUUGUGAUGCUUUCCCAUUUUUUUUUUUUUUUUUUUUUUUUUUUGAAAUACCAUACUGAAGUCUACCACUCCAGGUGUCACAUUUUGUUGUGAGCCUUCGCAGGUUUUAUGAACUGAAAUGCACUGUGGCCUCGCUCCCUGACUGCUGUUUUAAGAAGGAAAGAAAAAGAAAAACAAACUUUUGUACUUUUUUGAAUGAGUGAAU